CAUUCAGAUAGAAUCGAGUGUUCCUUAAAUAUAUUUCGCCGAGUUGAUUAUAUGAUUAUGUGAUAUCAAAUCAAAUUUGAAUCUGCACACUCGGUUCCAGGUUUUUAUGAACGAACAUACCUACGUCAUGUGGUUGGGUUGUGGUUAGUUACAGUUAUGUUGGACUACUGGAAAUUGGAAAAGUUAAUCAUAUAAUCAUCUAAAAAAAAGGUAAUUAUGUUUAAACAUUCAGUGAAAGUUCCCAGAUUAUAUAAAGUGGCAGCUACUAUAGCUAAAGAAGUAAGUGAAGGUCUUGGGAGUAUCAAACAGCUCGUUUAUGAAAAACAAAAGAAACACCCUAAUAUCAAAGCCCUAUACGCUUUAGUGGCAACACUUUUUCAAAAAACUGAGGAACUAGAUACAAUAUUGAAGAGGUCACAGUUUUUAACAAAGGAGUCUCGUUUGGAUAUUUGGCUAGCUAAAAUUCUUAUUGUAGAAUUGAUAUGGGGUAGGAAAACACUUCCCGGACAGAGUAAGCCGGAAUCUACUGUCCGAGCCUAUGAACAAAUUUUCAAGGCACAUCUGAGUGAUGAUAAAACUAACUCAUCAGAAAUCAUAGACGCUCAAGUCAAGCUGAAACCAAGAUAUGUCAGAGUAAAUUCACUGGCAUUGACCCUCAAUGAAGCAGUGGAAGGAUUCAGAGAUGAGGGUUGGAUAAUGUCCAAAUUUCUGGACAAAUCCGAUUACCAGGGAUUCUUGAAUAAAAUAAGUUCACUAAAUGAAGAUGAAUUUUUGGUGGAUAUUCACAUUCCGAACCUGCUCAUAUUUCCACCAAAAACCCAAUUUUACAAUCACCCUGCUUACAAAAACGGAUCUAUCAUUUUGCAAGACAAGGCUAGUUGUCUUCCAGUUCAUAUUCUGAAUCCGACGCCUGGUAGUAAAGUCCUAGACAUGUGUGCUGCACCUGGAAUGAAAACCACACAUUUAGCUGCUGUUUUGAAUAAUGAAGGCACUGUUUAUGCUGUUGAGAGAGAUCCUAGGCGGUUUGAGAUUCUUAAUAAAAUUAUUGAAUCUUCUAAAGCUACAUGCAUACAGUCAUUCAAUAGAGACGUUUUAACGUGUACUGCUGAAGAACUUCCAGGAGUGGAGUAUAUAUUGGUGGAUCCCAGCUGUUCAGGUUCAGGUAUGAUCGAUCGCUUGGAAACUUAAGUAAAAAAAGGGCAGCUUCGACUAGAAAAGUUGACCGGAUUUCAAAUAAAAAUUCUCAGAAGUGCUCUAACGAAGUUCCCAGAUGCCAAGAGGGUUGUCUAUUCAACUUGCUCUGUGAAUCCGGAAGAAAAUGAAGAUGUCGUUCGCCAGGUUUUAGAAACCAACUACAAUUUCAAAUUGGUUCCUGCAAAACAAUUUGUGGGAGAUAGUUGGCAUAACUUUGGUUCAUCUGAAUAUGGUGAAAUAGGAAAAUAUUGUUUGUAUGCCAAACCAAAUGAAGAUCUCACAAACGGUUUUUUCGUUGCAGUCUUCGAGAGAUUGAAAGAAGGAGAAGAAAACCAAUUUUUCAAUACAAGAAUAUUCAAUUUCAAGAAACAUAUACAAGCAAGAGAAAAAAGACAGGACAAAAAGAGAAAACUAGAAGAUGCCAUGCUGAAUGAUGGAAAUAAUGAAUUCCUUGAAGGAAACAGUGAAUAUUCAGAAGAAAAAGCAGUUCCUAAAGUGGAAGAAAUGAAUGUCGAAGAGCCACGAAAAAAGAA